UUCUCCACACUUUGUUCCUCCCCAGAACCACAGGACCAUCAGCCCUGGGAGUAUCGAAGGAACCUCACACACUCCACCCUCACUCUCUCCACAGCUGCAGAGGGAGAGACUGGAGGAGUGCCCACUGAUGGGGAAACUCGAGAUCCAGAAAAGGGAAACACUCGAUCAGGUCACCCCGAGCCAAUAGCAGAAGUCCGAAACCGUUUUCUCUGCGAAGAUGGGAGUGAAGGUCCGCACAGUCGAUGCGGGAGCUGUGGCCGAAGCCCAGCACUAACAGUGCUGACCAGGGAAUCCAGACUGCGUGGAAAGCUGUACUCUUCCUUGCCUCAGUUUCCCCCGCAUUACCUCGGGGAGGACGGCAGACGAGGCAACUGGUCAAACGCGCACCUGCCAAGACUCUCCCCGCGGCUCCCAAGUCUGAUGGAAGUUCCUUUAGCGAGCUACCUCCCAGCCCUUUAAAAUCCGGUCCUCCAGCUCGAGCCUCUCGGCGUUCUAUUGGAAAGACUCCAGGGUCCUGGUCCAUUCUCUAGAAUGAACCGCUAAGACUACCGCGGGAGCCUUCCUGGAACUGCUAACUGCGCAGGCGCGAGGGCAGCCCACCCGGAAGGCGGAAGAACCGGGCCCCAACUUGUUGGGUGGGUCGGGGGCGGAGAGUGUGUUAACCAAUGACCUGAAGGAUCAGGGAGGGCAGGUUUAGGCCCUCCGUUGCUAAGCGCUAUUCUAGUGGGAGGUGAUUUAAGAAAUGGGGUGAAGGGUAGUCCCAAUGGCCCUUCACGUCAACAUCCUUCGGGCCCGCGGAAGUUAAGCAACCAAGAGGCGGGCCUAGGACCGGAAGCAGGAAGGAGGGCGCAGGAAGCAGGGCGCUGCAGCCUGUCGUACUGUCGGUGCGUGAGUCUGUCGGUUCCGAGGGCAGGAUGGAGAAACUGCGGCUUCUGAGCCUCCGCUACCAGGAGUCGCUUCGCGGAUUCGCAUGAGCUGUCAGAGCUGGGAUCCCCAGACUGUAACUGCCUCAGUAGUGUUUGCCCAGGGAGCACUGGAGGUAGUGAACAGUAGAGGUGGAGCAGACUUUCAGGGACGGGCUGCAGAGAACUAAGGCCAGGAGUGUAUUCCGCCUCUAACCUGCUUGUGCUGCUCAAUGACGGGAUCCUGCGGAAGGAGCUUCGGAAAAAGUUGCCUGUGUCGCUGACCCAGCAGAAGCUGCUGAUGUGGCUGAGUGUGCUCGAGUGCGUGGAGGUGUUCAUGGAGAUGGGGGCCGCCAAGGUGUGGGGUGAAGUGGGCCGUUGGCUCGUCAUUGCCCUCAUCCAGCUGGCCAAGGCUGUCCUACGGAUGUUCCUGCUGAUCUGGUUCAAGGCUGGCCUCCAGACCUCACCCCCCAUCAUUCCGCUGGACAGGGAGACCCAGGCACAUUCCCCGGAUUGUGACCAGAGCCCCGGCAGCCAGGAGCAGUCAUACGUUGGGAAGCGGUCAAACCGAGUGGUACGAACCCUCCAGAACACUCCGUCCCUGCACUCGAGGCACUGGGGAGCCCCCCAGCAGCGGGAGGGACGACAGCAGCGGCAGCACGAGGAGCUGAGUGUCCCCCCCACCCCGCUGGGGCUGCAAGAGACCAUCGCAGAGUCCUUGUAUAUCGCCCGGCCCCUGCUGCACCUCAGUGCUCAGCCUGGGCCUGUGGGGUCAGCGGUCGUGGACGCCCUGGCUCCUGUCUGGUGUCGUGGACGUGACCAGGGCAAGGAUCCACUUCCUUCUCCAGCUACUGACAGACCAUGUCCCGGGCGUUGGCCUGGUCGCGAGGCCGCUCAUGGAUUACUUGCCCACCUGGCAGAAAAUUUAUUUCUACAGUUGGGGCUGACACACCCCGGGAGCGGGUGCAGGGAGGGGCGGGGUGGCGCGCCCUGCUGUUGGGGGCAGGGGGUGCCUCGGCCCUUCAGUCCCCCGGGGCCCCUCUGCUAUAAUAAAACUGACUCUGGCGGUGUCCGAGCAUGUGGCCUCUUCAUGCCCAUUGCCCAGGGCACCUGGCACUCCCACGUGGCCAGGCCCGGCCCACCACCCGGCCACCAGGGCACCCCCCUAACAUCCUCUCAACCCUUCCCUCUUCGGUGAUGGAGCCGCUGCAGC